UUUUACCAAGAGACAGUACAUCUAACACUUAACUUGGAUCAUCUCUUGUUCAUCAGCUUGAAAAUCAUAACAGCCCCCCAAACUGACAUUUGAUCUGAAAGAAAAAGCUGUGACAAAUGGACAAUAUGUCUAUUACUAACACGCCAACAAGUAAUGAUGCUUGUCUGAGCAUUGUUCACAGCUUGAUGUGCCAUCGACAAGGUGGAGAGAGUGAAACUUUUGCAAAACGCGCAAUUGAAAGUUUAGUUAAAAAGCUAAAGGAGAAAAAAGAUGAAUUGGAUUCUUUGAUUACAGCUAUAACCACAAAUGGAGCUCAUCCUAGCAAGUGUGUUACAAUACAGAGAACGCUGGAUGGGAGGCUUCAGGUGGCUGGUCGCAAGGGAUUCCCUCAUGUGAUUUACGCUCGUCUUUGGAGGUGGCCUGAUCUUCAUAAAAAUGAACUCAAGCAUGUUAAAUAUUGUCAGUAUGCUUUUGACUUAAAAUGUGACAGUGUCUGUGUAAAUCCUUACCAUUAUGAGCGUGUAGUAUCGCCUGGCAUUGAUCUCUCAGGACUGACACUACAGAGUUCUGCUCCAUCAAGCAUGUUGGUGAAAGACGAAUACGUUCACGACUACGAGGGGCAGCCGUCAUUGUCUUCUGCCGAAGGCCAUUCAGUCCAAACCAUCCAGCAUCCACCAAGUAACAGGGCAUCUACAGAGCCUUAUAGCACCCCAGCCAUGUUAGCUCCUACUGAGGCUAGCACUACCAGCACCACUAAUUUUCCCAACAUUCCUGUGGCUUCAACAAGUCAACCUACCAGUAUAUUGACAGGUAGCCAUAGUGAUGGACUCUUACAGAUUGCUUCAGGGCCUCAGCCAGGAACUCAGCAGAAUGGGUUUACAGCUCAGCCAGCUACUUACCAUCACAAUAGUACUACAACUUGGACUGGAAGUCGGACGGCAGCCUACACACCUACCAUACCUCACCACCAGAAUGGCCAUCUUCAGCAUCAUCCACCUAUGCAUCCUGGACAUUACUGGCCAGUUCACAAUGAACUUGCAUUCCAGCCUCCUAUAUCAAAUCAUCCUGCUCCAGAAUAUUGGUGUUCAAUCGCAUAUUUUGAAAUGGACGUGCAAGUUGGGGAAACGUUUAAGGUCCCUUCAAGCUGUCCAAUUGUUACUGUUGAUGGAUAUGUGGAUCCUUCUGGAGGAGACCGUUUUUGCCUGGGCCAGCUUUCCAACGUGCAUAGAACAGAAGCCAUUGAGAGAGCAAGGUUGCACAUAGGUAAAGGGGUGCAGUUGGAGUGCAAAGGAGAAGGUGACGUGUGGGUUAGAUGCCUCAGCGACCAUGCAGUCUUCGUUCAGAGUUACUACCUGGAUAGAGAAGCAGGGCGCGCACCAGGGGAUGCUGUUCACAAGAUUUACCCAAGUGCAUACAUAAAGGUGUUUGAUUUACGCCAAUGUCACCGUCAGAUGCAACAGCAGGCUGCCACUGCCCAAGCUGCUGCUGCUGCUCAAGCUGCAGCAGUAGCCGGAAACAUCCCUGGACCAGGAUCAGUAGGUGGAAUAGCCCCAGCCAUUAGUUUGUCAGCUGCUGCUGGAAUUGGUGUAGAUGACCUUCGCCGCUUAUGCAUACUCAGGAUGAGUUUUGUAAAAGGUUGGGGACCUGAUUACCCAAGACAGAGCAUCAAAGAGACACCGUGCUGGAUUGAAAUUCACUUACACCGUGCCCUCCAGCUUCUAGAUGAAGUACUUCAUACCAUGCCUAUUGCAGACCCACAACCUUUAGACUGAGAUCCCUCUGCUGCACUGCUGUGGGCCAUUAUAUUGUGAGGAUGGUGGAUUGUAAAAUACAAUUCUGUUUAUAACCUGAAGAUAUAUUUUACUUUUGUUCUGCUUAAUCUUCUAAAACCAGGUUUUAAAAAUGUGUUUGCCGCCUUGCUCUUAGCAGAAAGAAACUGAACAUGCAGAAUUUGGAUUUCAGUUAUUUUCAGAACUUAAUUGUCAUAAUACAUGGCUCAGGGCUUAAAUUGAAAGGUAAAUGCCUUAUAGAGACUUUACAGUAUUGGGUUUGUUCCCUUCAAAACUUUCCUUCUCUAUUAUGGCAUCUUGGUGAUAAGCCUCACAGGAGCCUUUUGUAUGCAGAAUAUAUAUUAUAUAUAUAUUUAUAUCUGAAAAUUCCUUCUAAUAGUUACAAACAUUUACCUUAUAGCAACUUUAAAAUUCCAACUGAUUUGUGAUGUUCUUUUUAGGGAACAAUAGUUAACAGAAGACUUCUUUAUUUUGUUGACUAUCUUGUUAUGAUUUUUCCAGAUUAAAACGUAGAAGCUGCCAAAAAGUGAGGGAUGAGACAUAUGUUGUUGGCAUUGAUUAAAAAUAGCAAGGAAAAGAAAUGUGGCUUUUCCUUCACUAGUUUUUAAAAAAAGAUAUCUUAGAUUUUUAUUUAUAUAGACACGUGAGUUUUAAAACACUAAAGGAAAUGGAUACUGUCAGUGCUGGCACUCAAUUUAAAUAUAACAUGAAAUACCCAGUCUGCAAAGUUGCCACUGAAAUUGCAUAAUGAGUACCUAAUGGCAGGAACAUAUUUUCAUAACUACUACUGACUUCUAUGAUUUUACUCAAGUAAAACUUGGCAGGUAUUUUAAAAAGUUGCAUGACUCUUUUUACUUGCAUAUACCAUUAAAUCAUGUAUAAUAUUACAUCAAUAUUUAGGAUCCAGUUUUUGUAUCUGUUCACCAUUUCCACUCAGGGCAAGAUGGCAAACUUGUUUUUAUACCUCUUGGUUAUUUUAAGCCCUAUGCCAUCAAUGACCGUAUCAAUUGGCAAUGACUUUGUAUAGAGAAUUUAUAGUAGAAAAAAUGCAAAUGUAUUGACUGUAUGACAGAUACAAUAUGUAUGCUUUCUCUCUAGUUAAUAGUAUAAAUAAAAUUAUGAAACCCUGAUUUUUAUAAAUUUAGUUUGCUUCUAUUAUGUAAUUCUGCACCUUGAAACCAUUGAUCUUGAGUGAUGGAUUACUUUCUUUGCAAGACGAGCAGCAGCAGCCAACAGUGGUAGGAAUUUUUGUUGGUUUAAACUUGCCAGGAAGCAAGUCCAAUUUUUCUUACUUUCACUGCUUCUCAGUAAAAGCAUGUCCUGAGGAUAUCUCUUUUGGCUAUUUGAUGGGGUAUGAAGAGGGAGCAGGAAUUCCUUAUUUUUCAGCAGGUGCGUAGGGAGUUGGAGCUUAGUUAAACAGGCUUAGAAGUACGUAGACUCCAACUUAAGUCCUUCAAGCGCUGCCAGCUCGGUCUGCCUGCCGUGAGCCGACCUGGCAGCACAGUUGUAGUGGUUAACACAAGUAGAAGUCUUGGAAGAGAUUAUUCAGAAGCUUUUUGCCAAGUUUCUUGCAUAGUUUCAGGAAUCUGUAGAGGGCUGUGACACGCAGUGUUUAGGUAUUGCUUCCCCCAUAUGCUGAAAUUCUUACGAAAGAAGUCAGCAGUCAUUGUUUCAGUCAUGGGUGUGGAAGCACAGAGGACAGAUGACUUUGGAGCGAUGGCCAGAAAUGGAUGAGGUUUUAGCAUAUUUACAUUAAAAGUGUUGCCUUCUUCAGACUAACUUGUAAUGAGAUCACUUUUCUUUCCUCGUAUGUGGCAACUUCUUGAUGUUUGGAAAAAUAGUGUUUGCUUUCAGUUAAAAACCUUUUUCAUUUUCCUUUGUCUCCUAAUGAUCCAGUUUGUCCGAAAAGCAAGUUUCUUCAGAUUCUUGAGGAACACUUCGAGUAGAGGAUUCUGACUACAUCCUCCGAAGAAGCUUAUUAACCAGUGGCUCGGUUACACUUCAUCCACAACGGAAAACUUGCUUUGGGGGAAGAAAUGAAAAGCCUGGCUACACAUUCUUCUUGCCAACCUCCCUUUUGAAUUGUCUGCCCUGCUCUUACUGCCAGGUUCGAGGUGCCUCAGCUUUUGGGAAGUAUCUAGCUUCUGAUGACUGAUCUGUAUAUGGCUACUUCACAGAAGACCCUCUGUUCCAGUUGCUUACCUUUUGAUUGUGCCGAACUUUGAUACAGUAGUGAAAGAUUGCUUCCGCCUGUUGGUGUUCUUGCCUGUAUUACAGUCUGAAAAAAAUCAGCUGUUAAGACUAGGGUUUUUUGCAGAUGUUUUUGCAAGCCUCCUUAAGUCUCUACCU